AUGGUUGAGCGGAAAAUGGCUACAAUACCCUGGAAAACAGCGGAGCUGGACCGGCAACUACCGGUACUGGAGAUCGACAUCGAAGCCGUUCUUCAGCCCACAGAUGGCGUUAGGGUCACUAGGAUCGGUCACGCGACAAGUCUAGUCCAGUUCGACGGGAUCAAUCUACUCACGAAUCCCGUGUUCUCGAAUAGGGCCGUUCCGAGGCCGUUCAUGAGGUCGUGGCGUUAUCGCCUAGUCCCUCCCAAUCUGCACGAACUCUUGGAUAAAAUGAAAAUCCACGCUGUGUUGAUAACCCACAAUCAUUUGAAUUCCAACAGCGUAAUUGGUUUGAAUAGCCGAUUCCCAGACGCCUGGUGGUUUGUACCUAAAGGAUUGGAUUGCUGGUUUAAAGAAAAGGGUUGCAAAAACACCAAGGAGAUGACCUGGUGGCAAGAAGAGGAACUACCAACGCAUACAAAUAUCAAGAUGGCUUUCACACCUGCGCAACACUGGUGCCAACGUUUCUUAAGAGAUGUUAAUCAGGUAUUGGUGGGAAGCUGGGCUGUGAUUGGUCCAAAACACCGCUUCUUCUUUGCCGCCGAUACGGGAUACUGUGAUGUGUUUAAGACGAUCGGUGAGGAGUAUGGUCCGUUUGACGUCGCAACGAUACCCAUAGGACCUUACGAGCCCAAUUGGUACGAGCUUCCCCAGCACGUCAUUGCAGAAGAAGCUGUAAAUAUCCACAUGGAUAUCAGAGCAAAGCAGUCGGUCGCAAUCCUCUGGCGUACCUUUAAUUUGAGCAACGAGGCCGUAGCUACCAGCCGGUGCCGAAGGACUUGCACGUGGCUCGCGCAACUGCCGCGACGCGACGUGUUCAUCGAGUUGAAACACGGAGAGCACGAAAACUUUCACCAAUGCCGAAGCACUCGGAAGGGAAUCCGGACUUCUCUCUCACCGGCGCGUGACGCCAACAGAUGA